AUUGCAUCACAUUUUGGGGGGCAUUGAGUCCUGUUUGGUAAAGCAGAGGGAAGGGACAUUGCUUUUUAUCUACAUUUCACAGACUUCACGGAUUCAUAUUCAUAUCACCAUUGCUCUUAAGGGUUGUGAAUAAUUCUUUUGGAAAACAGCUUAAAAUGAAAUAUUGGGAGAUGAUUCUCUUUCUUUUAUCAGCGAUCAUAGAUGUCUCAACCAAUGCUCAAGAAGUUACCUGCGAAGGGGAACAACUCAUCAAUGUUGACAUUUUAAUUGGACAUCCAGGAAUUGUUUCACCUUACAAACCUGGACAUAUUUUAGUUUUUCGAUGCACUGAUGUGAACCAGAAGAUGCAUGGACAUCGAGCAAUUGAAUGCCAGCCAGAUGGAAAAUGGGAUCAGGCAUAUCCGACAUGUAGAGGGAUUAGAUGUGAAGUUCCACGUGACCAGCAUGUGUCUCACCCAGACAAUUAUUUCAGAGGAGAUAUGAAACUGGGAACAAAACACAAUUACUAUUGCGAGUCUGGGUAUGAGAAAAAGGCAGAAGAAGCCACAUGUACACAAGAUGGUUGGACACCAAAUCCACUGUGCACUGGGAUUAGAUGUGAAGUUCCACGUGACCAGCAUGUGUCUCACCCAGACAAUUAUUUCAUAGGAGAUAUGAAACUGGGAGCAAAACACAACUACUAUUGCGAGUCUGGGUAUGAGAAAAAUGCAGAAGAAGCCACAUGUACACGAGAUGGUUGGACACCAAAUCCACUGUGCACUGUGAUGACAGCCUCAAGCAAAUGUGGCACACCACCAACAGUAAACAAUGCAGAUACAGUAGAAAUGACAAAAAAGGAAUACAACACAGGAGAGAGAGUUGAAUUCAUCUGCUUUAAUAAAUACACAUUGGAUUCACAUUCCCCUUUCUCCAAAUACUUGACCUGUCAGCAAGGCAAAUGGACAGGAAAGGUUAAGUGUUUAAAGCCCUGUGCAGUGACAGUGGAAGAAAUGGAUGAAAGAGGUAUAGAGCCGGCCUUCACUGAUCAACAAAAGUUGUUCGCACCACAUGAUGAUCACAUCACCUUUAAGUGUCAGUGGGGCAAAAAUUCAGUAGGUUUUACCCCAAGACACAAGUGUAAUGAUGGAGUGAUGACUUUGCCAAAGUGUGUGUGACAGUGGAAAUAAAACAUAGAUGAAGCAUCAGCUGUACUACUAGGCGAAAACAAAUGGAGCAGAUCAAAAUAAUAAAAAAAAAAUAUCCUUAUUCUGU